UGUGUGUCCUCCAGCUUGGAUGUAGGCAUGCUCCCGCCUACCCCACCCUAUCAAGCCGCAAGAAAUCGUAAAUUAUUUUAGUGCUGCCAAUAAAUUGAUGCCAAAAUCCAAAUCGGAACUCGCGCGCGUGUGACCUGCUGUUCUCGGUCGGUGGGUAACCAACGGCGUUUCAGUUAACUGUUACUUACGGUUACAGUAACUCUCUCUCUACCCCAAACUUGUGUGGUGCGCGUGUCGUGUGAAUUUUCACAAUUAAUUAAAAAUGCAAACAGCCUGAGGAGCAACAACAACAAAAACAGCACCCCUGUGCUCUCAAUUUGAAUUUCGUUCUUGUCUCUGGCGUGUCCUUGCCGCAUAUGCGUGUGUGUGUAUAUACAUGUGUGUGAAACUGAGAGGAUUACAACUGAAUUUGAUGUGCCAACAAGAGGAGAGAGAAGAACAGCCGUUUAAAACAACAGCAACAAAGUCGCCACUCGGAGUACCAAUUAAAUGGCAAAGCCACGCAGAAAACGCUUCCGUUUGAGUCUGUGUCUACGUCGUUACAGCAAGCACAAGAUCCAUGCCACAACAGAAGCAGCAGCAACAGCAUCAAUACCGCAACAGCAACAGGAGCUACAGGAGCAGUAGCAGCAGCAGCAGCAGCAACAGCAAUAGCAUGAUGGAUAAGCGAUCCCUCUGCCUGCUGGUCAUCUGCGUGAAUCUCUGUCUCGUGAUCUGGCUGGUGAGCGUGCAGCAGCCCCUGAUGCUGGAGACAGAGGCCCCUGCCUCAGCAGUAGCCUUCUCAGGAGGGGAGAAGGAUAUGGAUGGGAGCAGCGGAACAGAGGAGUCGUCGCCGCCGCCACGAAGUGCCAAUGGAAGAGUCGGGAGAGAGAGCAGGAGCUGGAGCAGCAAACCAAACCAAAUACACGACCCUAGUCGCAUCCCUAGUAAUAACGAUAGCUUAGAUCUAAAUCUGACAGUCCAGCCUGUGGCACCGCGGACAACCGUAACCCAGCAAUCCACCAAUCUGAUGGAUCUGCCCAAUUUCUCGUAUCUGAUGAAUCAGCCGCCCUGCGAUGCCCAUGUCCAGGCCCUGAUACUCGUGCACACAGCCCCCUUCAACCACCAGAAGCGGUCACUCAUCCGACAGACGUGGGCCGAGCGAAAGUACAUCGAGCGGACGCCCCUGCGAGUGAUCUUCCUGCUGGCGGACGUGUGGUACGAGCGGCCCAGCUGGCAGCAUUUCCUCGAGAAGGAGAACGCCAAAAACGGAGAUAUGGUGCAGGGGAACUUCAAGGACGACUACCGCAACAUGACCUACAAGCAUGUGAUGGCCCUCAAGUGGUUCAACGAGAACUGUCCCCAGGCCCAGCUGCUGGUCAAGGUGGACGACGAUGUGUACAUGAAUACGCCGCAGUUGGUCAAGUACUUGAAGGAUCCCACACGGCCAGAGCAUGCCAUGCUGCUGGAGACCGAUCUGCUGCUCUGCAGGCCCGUCAAUGCCCCAAGGGUUAAGCGAUCCUAUCGCUCCAAGUGGCGGGUCACGUACAAGGAGUAUCCGCAUCGAUAUUAUCCGGACUAUUGUCCAGGAUUUGCCAUCGUCUACGCCCCAGAGGUGGCGCGGCGGCUGUUCAAGGCCGCACAAAAGGCCAACUACUUUUGGGUGGACGAUGCCCUCAUCACGGGCGUCCUGGCCACGGAGACGCACACAAAGAUCACCAGCCUGCAGCAUGUGAUUGGCAAAACGGACACCAUGCAGCUGAUUGCCGGACAGAUUGGCUUCGAUCACAAGGAGUUCCUCUUUGCCUUCCAUGGCAUCCAGCCGCACAUGUGCCACAGCCUGUGGGAUCUCACUGUGGAGAGUAACUACACAUUGGAGGCAUCUGCCUCAUCACCUGCUUCUUCCUCCUCCUCCCCUGCGCUCAGUGCAAGUACCUCUGCUGCCAUGAGCACGGGUCUUAGUUAGUUUUAAUUGCGCUUAAUUAAUUACUUUAUGGCUGUUCAGUUUUUAGGGUUUCCUUUGUAAGUCUUUAAGUUUUAUUAAUUAUAAUAGUGGAUUAGUUAAAUGUUUAGGUAGCAUUUUUUCAUGGAAGUAGGAGCAGUAGGAGGAGGAGGAGGAGAAUAAACAAAAGAAGCCGAACAAACGUCAAGUGAAACCACCACCCAACCACCUGCCUACAAUCAUUCGUAUCAUACGAGUAUAAGCUAAGCGAUUAUACAGAUAUAGUCAAACGCAAGGGAGUGCUGUGGCCGUGGCCGUGGCCAUGCCGUCUCCUGGUGAUAAGAAGCCACUCUCGGACAAGUCGGAACAGCAACAGAAACAGCAGCUGAAAAGCAACCACAAAAUGCGAUUACCUUAAGCACAACAACUCUAUUUAAGUCGUAAGAAGACGAAUAAAACAAAUAUACCAUAUAGUACUUAACAAAACACCAUAAAGAACAGAGCAGAUUCUCUGGCAGUGUUUAAAGUUUGAAUCAUGAAUCAUCCCAGCCCAAAACCAAAUAAUGAAUGAAUGAGGUGAACCGAAUGUGACGUACAGAAUACUCUCGAUACGGGGGGUGAGGGAGAACGAGGAGCGAGAUGCGAAGCGAAGUGAAUCGAUGCUUUAACUAUUUUUUCUAUUGUGUAAACAUUUUUAUAGCCCAUCAUCUCUUGCGCUCUCUCUCUAUAUAUAUAUAAAUAAUAUCGAUAGGAGCUGAUUAAUAUACACCAUAAAUUAAAUAGAAUAAACAAAAUACAGUACAGUAAAGAUAACAUAAGAGGGAACACAUGUGUGCGAUUAUCAAAAACAAAAACAAA